CGCUUUCUUCACCAUGAUUAGACCAGAUGAAGGGAAACGGUUUAAACUGAUUACCUGGCGCAUACCUUUAGAUAAGAAUGAAUUGCAGAAGAAGAAAUCUCAGAUCGAUGAUCUUUACUUAUUCGAUCCUCAUUCGCACAGGAAAUUUAAAAAACUGCUUAAGGAAAAGACCAAGAAGCAAAACCAGGAUUCUCAGACCAAGAGUCAAAUGACUGGAAAAUAUCAAAGCCUACACACUAAUUCUUCUCACGCUCGACACCUAUUGAACAAACCAGAUCCGACUUCGAAAUUGAUGACCAUAUUAGAUCCCUUUUGCUCUUUGCCAUAUGAUCUCACCCAAGAAGAGAGUAAAUUGUUACAAUUUUAUCUCACUACAGUUCCCAGUAUGGUAUAUGGGGUUCGACCAGAUGGCGCCUUCAAUCCUGUUCGCGAUGUCAGUUUUGCCCUGUCGUGCAAAUCUUCCACAACGCUGCAAUGGAUAAUCAUUGGAGCCGAGGCAUUUUUUACAACCGGACAGAUUCUCCCCAGAUCUCUCUCCCGACGAAUGUCAGUUGCGUACAAGACCCUUAACCAGGCACUACCGAAGAAUGAUCUGAACGAGAAAAACAUCAAUAAAAACGGAAAUAGUGCAAUAUCAGAUGAUUUGAUCGCCGGUAUUAUUAUGGCGACCAUCACCGAAUCUCGGAUAUCGCCGCCGAACUCAUCUAAAGUGCACCUACGAGGCUACGAAGCGGCAAUCAAGAGCAGAAAAGGACUAAGAGAGAUUAUAACGAAUUCAGAAAAUCCGGUACUUCACUCAUGCCAUCUCAUGCCGUACCUUGUCUGCAAGCCUUCCGUAGAGGACAUCACUUUAACUGGUUCAGGAGGAGCAAAUUUUGCUUUGGGCAAACUGCAAGAGAUCAUCAAAAGGAAAAACAACAUUGAUGAGUCGGAAUUAGGUCCUAUCUCGCCUUCGUCUAAGUUGAAUUCAGAAAAAUUAUCAUUACCAUUACCAUCGUUCGACCUUGCUAUAGAGGAAUCGACUCGUUAUUUGCUGUCCUCAACUGCGCUUUCACCUUACUUGACAUCAAGAGGCUGGAAAUACAGCAAAUAUUCUUUGAUGUCUUCUCACUUCCUUGCUCUAUUUCUCGUUGUAUAUGUUCUUUGGGAAACUAGGUUGUCAUCAUUAUCACAUAUUGAUGCUGCAGGACUGGGAGAGCUCUUUGUGAACAAACUGAAUCAUCAUUUAGACCCAAAUAUUGCUCAUGGCCGUCAUCGUCAGGAUACUAUCUUAUUGAACACGGAAGGGCUCAUGUGGAUGGUCGUCAAGACGGUGUUUGACUUCUACAGUGCCCUAGAGAGUAAGCAGGAUGCCAUGCGGAAACAGGGUGAUAUACUGAUCGAAGCUGUCUUGGCUCUAAAAUUGCUGGGCACCUCAGAUGAGAUUGUCAGCCAAAGCAUGAUCGAAUACUUGUGUGGUAUCCUUUGCGGCCGAAGUCCUAAUAUGGAACUUUCCAUUCGCAAAAAUCCACCGUUAGGUCAUGGGGAUAACGUGGAAGCUCAAACUGGUUGAUGCAUACUGCGACCUUGGUAAUAUUUGCCUCUAAUUCUGAAAAAUGCAUGUGUUUGACACUUCCAAAUGAUUAUCUUGGACUUUAUCAUCGUAAUUCAAUUUGGUGGGCGUGACCAUAAAACCGGUUGACGCUUCUUAACAUCUGGAGUUCCAGAUGCCACUUUAAAUAUACAUAUCUAUUCAAUGUUGAUCCCUCCAAGAUGCAAGCCUGUCAGAAUAUACAUAUACACUAUGGUACUAUCAGAUGCCAUUGACAAAAGCACAUCUAUAGAUCAAUUUUCCAACGGCAUAGUAGAGACAGGCGAAUGCGUGACCACAACAAGCCCUAAUUGUCAGAUUCUUUCCUCAU